AUGAGUGGGGAAGACGAGCAGAAUCUCAAAAGCAUUCUUCAGGCCCUCGGAUUCGAUCACAGGGAGAUCCGAUCGGGCUCCCACAUAGUAAAUCAGGCGGGGAAUUUCACUGAUCAAGAUAACUAUUCCGUCUGCCCGUCUGAGCAGGACGGCGAAACUCGAGGCAAUGUGAUCAGCAACAGUUCUCCUGACUUCGUGCCAGCUUCCAGCAGGAAUAUCAGCCAUUCAAGGGAACCGGCGACAACAUUUCCGACAAGCCUUGGUCUCCGCCCAACACCAGAUGAAGGCCAGCAAGGCGCUGUGCUGGUUGAUCACGACUCUAGCAACCCUUUGUUUGUGAAUGCAAUUGAAGGAACUCACCCCAAUAUGCCACCAGAUCUGAUGGCAUCCGGGCGCGAUUCAGGCAAUGUACAGCAGGGUAAUGCGACAAGUGAUGAUCUCCCAGGUGCUGAUGCUGAUGACGAGUUUACAAAUCAACUCUCGUGGCGCCUGGGCCGACUCCAAUUGACUCAAGAUGGGCAGUUACGAUACUUCGGUUCAACAUCUAAUCUCACCCUCUUGGAUGGUCUAGUCAGCUUGAACACUUCUACUUCAAACAACACACAGAAAGAUACACAAGAGGUUUUAGAGAACGCAGGCCUCAAUAUUGCCGUUGACGAAAUUCUGGAACAUCAUUUGCUUGAGCUCUAUUUUGCGUGGCAGAACCCCUCCUUGUAUCUUGUCGACUAUGAGCUAUUCUGGAAGACGAGACAACAAAACAACCACGACGGUUUAGUUUCUUCGUAUAGCUCGCGGGCCCUAGUUGAUGCAAUGUAA